AUGCGCAUACGUCUACCUUUCGCAGCGGUCUUCGUCGUCCUUCUCCUCGCCGCUGCCUACGCCGGGCUCACAAAGCUACAACUCGGCGAAUAUGUAAACGACAAAGUCCUCCAUUUCGUCACCUUCUUCCUCCUCACGGUGGUCUUCUACUGGAUUGUCGAUACGACCCGUCGGCGCACCCUACACAUGACUCUGGUCGUCUGCACGUUGAUCCUAGGCGUGGGCUCAGAGUUUGUGCAGAGCUUCCUUCCAAAUGAUCGCGAUUUCGACGUGUACGAUAUCCUGGCCAACGUGGUAGGCAGUUUGGCCGCCCUGGGCUUGUGCGCUCUAUACCACAGGCGCAUGCUGGAGAGGAAAAGACAACGCAAGACGUAUAAUGCUGUGCCCGGUGACGAUGAGGGCGACGUUGAGCUCGGCGAGGGCCACGAAAAUGGCGUCUUGAGCGAGGCGCCGCGGACACGAUCAUUGGAGGAAGAGGUCGACAACUGGGACGAGAAUGCGCCAGAUGACUGGGACGAUGACGAUACUGCUCCAAUGCCUGCUACAGGCAAGGCCGCGGCAGUUGUCGACGCCGACUCGAAGCGUGCCGACUAG